AUGGUGACCGUGACCGAGAGCGGGACCGGGACCGGGACCGUGACUGUAACCGUAAUUGUGACUGUGACGUCAAAUUUUGUCAGAGUCUCGAAGUUAGAGUCGGAGUCAGAGUCAAAGUCAGAGUCAGAGUCAGAGUCAGAGUCAGAGUCAGAGUCAGAAUUAGAGUCAGAGCCGGAGCAGCAACGUUUCUACGAUUCUCCGCCACCACGAAUGGACGUGAGCGUGUGCUGCUUGCCCGCCAGUGCCGGCUCGGGGGCCCAGCACCCUCAUCCAGCGAGUUUGCCUUCCGGCGGACAGCCGACGAUUCAACCACCCUAUCAAUAUGCCGAUCAGAUAGUACCGGAUCGGGGUCAACCCGACGGAUUGCCGGUACUCGGUUGUACCGGUCAGGAUAACUGGCAGCAGAUCUCAUCCGCUUCGAACGUCGUUGGUGCUGUCACCGCUGCCGCCGCCACCACCACCACCACCACCUAUAUCGAUUACUCCUGGUUGCAGAUGCAGGCAUCGGACCUGGACACUUUGCUAUGUAGACAGGAUCUCGACCGACUGCAGAAGCUCGACGAAGAUGACCCGGAGAAGGAGCCGAGGGAGUCCUCGGUGCAAAUGGAGGACUUCUUCGAGGUUGGUGGGCCGGUGUGUCGACCGCAGGCGAGCUUCGUCUCGUCGAGGAGUCAGCCCGCGGGAAACGACGACGACGUGUUCCUCAGGCCGCCGCUCUGGGAGGAUAUUACCUCGAGUAUACAAAAGCUGGACCCGGAGAACGCCGACAUGCUGGGCUCGCAGUCGCACGUCAAAAUGGAGACCGACGACGUCUCGUCGCCGGUAUUGUCGCCCGUCGAGAUCAAAACGCCUGCCGCUUUCAAGACUUUCCCCCCUAACAACAACAAUAACAACAAUAACAACAACAACAACAACACGAGCGCCAAUAACAACAGCACCGGUACCGCCAACAACGCCAAUGGCAACGGUAACAACAACAGCAACAAUAACGCCAAUGCGAACGGUAACAGCAACAGCAGCAACAAUAACGGUACCGGGAACAGCAACAACAAUAAUAACAACAACGACUCGACGACGACUCACCACGGAGGCGGGAAUCAGAUCGGUGGCAGCGCGACGUCACCGCUCUACGGCUCGAUGACUAGGUUAAUGUACAUUUCCCCGCUCACGCCGCCGAUUUCCGAUCCUGGAUCUCCGAUAGGGGCUCCACCGAGGCGGACGCCGCCUCCACCCUAUCCACAGCCGUCCAUUAUGAAUGCUCCUCACAGAAUUCAGGCCCCGAGCAUCACCACGAAAUUCAACAGGCGAAACAAUCCCGAGCUGGAAAAGAGACGCGUUCAUCACUGUGAUUUCAUAGGUUGUACAAAGGUCUACACGAAGAGUUCGCAUUUAAAGGCGCAUCAGCGGAUACACACAGGUGAAAAACCGUACCAGUGUCAGUGGCCAGAGUGCGAAUGGCGAUUCGCCAGAAGCGACGAAUUAACUCGUCACUAUCGAAAGCACACCGGUGCGAAGCCCUUCAAGUGUGCCGUGUGCGAGCGUUCCUUCGCCAGAAGCGAUCACCUAGCACUCCACAUGAAACGGCAUCUUCCGAAGCAGCACGCCAAGUGACCAUACCGCUCUUCCGAGAUUCCAUCUCCGUCUCCGUCUCCGUCUUCGUCUUCGUCUUCGUCGAACGACUCUUCCAGUGUACGCGUUCCUAACUAUGCCGAUCUCUUCGAGCCUCUCCCAGAUUACCAGGAAGAAAUUUGCAAACUUAACUCUUUCUUUUAAUCCAGCUCGAAUUCGAGUAUUGAGCCGAAAAUCCUUGGAGAGUCUCUAUGCGCGUUUCUCUUAUUCCUAAUUAUAUUUUCGUUUGAACUGAUUUCGCGAUAUUCCGAAUCGUCAUCGUUACUUUCUGUUACAUUUUCGUGGACAGUGAUUGGAAAGUAAUCGUAUAAACAAACGAGUGUCGUGGCUAACGAAGAAUCUUUGAUUGAAUCUUUCGCUGACUUCAACGAUGCGUGAGACGACGAGAAGGGUUUCGAUAGUUUCGAUCGCUGCUUUUUACGAAUGUUAAUCGCUUGUCUCGAUACACGAUAAUCGUCGAGAUAAUAGCUUAUUUACCGCUCGUAAUUACGAAUACGUUACCGUGUUUGUUCGCCCGAUACGAUGAAAGGCAUACACGCAGUUACGAUCGUAGUGGCUGGACCACUACCGAUGUACUACUACGUGUUUUCUGCUGUUUCAAGAUAGUCGUUUUUAAAUAAAUGUUAACGAUAAAUAUAAAUUGCAUUUAGCGCUGAGACUUUAGAUUUCGAAAGCUUCGUCGCAUUGCGAAGUUUCGUUCGUUGCCCGAACUACGCCAUAGACGUAAUAAAAACAAACGAAAUGUCAGGUAAUUUGCAGAUUCGUAUAUCUAUCGACGUUGGAGCGAACAUUUCUGUCUCAAAUUCUCUUGAAAUGCAAGGUAAAUCUUUAAUUGGUAGUGUUCAUUGGUGUGGACGACUCGUGAGUAAAAUCGUCUAAUUUUAAUUCGGCCUGCGUUCUAUAGUUGAAAGUUUUCGGCAAUUCCACCCGUCGCUAACGUGCACGUUCCGAUUUACUACGAUAUAAUUAUGUAGAUCGUUCUACUUUCGGCCGUAUAAUUUACAAUUUACAGAAUUCGUUGACGUGUAAAAUAUCUUCUUCUUGAAAUCCGAUGUUCGUGCAAAGGUCAACUGAACGCGCGUCGUUCAACCGACGAGACGAUAUUGCAGCAGAAAUGUAAUUUUUCGAGAAUGUGAGUAAUUUUGAGCAACUGUAUCGUUAAAAUGUUCGUCGGUGAUAGAUAUUAAAAUUCUGUCUAUUUCGUUCGUGCGAGGCGAACGAGUAAAUCGAGCAAACGUUCGAACACGGAGCAAUCAGACGUGAGAAAGGCUAAAUUUUUUGCGAGAACGGCUGCUGCCAGCAGUAUAAUGGCAUCUAUUUUGUACUAAGCUAACCACAGUAGCGAGGGAGCCGAUUGCAAGAGGACGCGAACGUCGAUAAGAAUGCGCAUAGAAAAUUCUCCGCUCCGAAGAAAGCGUUAAUUUAUUUGUUUGUGUACAUAAUGAGGAUAUGUCUAUAACGAGUUAAGUUGAGAAGUGGUUUGUUCACUGGUGAUCUUUUUAUCGCUAUUUUCCGUCGCUCGCAUUCGUUUGCAUCGAAUCCCCUCCGUUCCGCAACGAGGAGAGUCAAUCUAGGUUUUGUCGAACGAUCGCUAGAUCCAUAACCAUGCUCUCGAUACGACUUACGCGAGAAGAGUCGACUUAUUAUAGUGAUGCCUUAUGUACAAAUUCGUUUAGGUACGUUUCGUCUACGUAUAUGUGUAUAUUAUAUGUAUGUAUAUGUAUAUUGUAUACGUGUAUAAGUAUGUACGUAUACACAUGUGUAUGCAUAUAAAUAUAAAUAUACGUAUAAUCGUCGAAAACUGUCACGCCGCAUUCUUUGCGGCUGAAAGGUCUAUGCACUUUUAUGUGUGUAUACGUGUAAAAAAGCGAUGCAUAUCCAAUACGUAUGUAGUUAGUGUAAUAUUAUCUGUAUAAUAUGCGAUUUAAAUAUUUGAACCGGUAACUUUCGCGUCGAUUCUGCGAUUUUAUCUUAUUUACAUUCGCGAAAAAUGGUACGCGUAAUAUAUACAUACGUAGAUACGAUAGAUAACAAAACUACGAUUUUCCUUAAUCGUGAGUUAAAAACGAAAAAAAGAGAUUUUCGCGAAGCAAUGUAAUAUCUUCCCUUUUGUUCCUCGUCGUGUUUUUUUGAUCUCUUUAUUCUUUUCUUUUUUCCUUCUUUCCUUUCUUUCUUCUUAUUCGGCUAUCUUAAGUGAAAUGUGAAAGGCUAACGCA